AUGGAGCCCCUCUUACCCAACACCGAAGGUCAGGUCGUACCUGAUGAGAUUCAGACCUUCAUCGAGCAGUGGCAUAGCGACGAAAUCGACCUCUUCCAGCAGUUCUGUCAAAUUCCGAACGAAGACCCACCGGCUUAUGUCCAACCGUCCGUAGACGGCCGUGACGACACAUCGACUUACCUUGGCUCGGAGAGCCAUGCGCCACCCCUGACAUUCGGACAGACUCUUUCACCCUCGAGCCACAGCAGAGCCUCGCCAUCGUCCCCUAGCCGGCCAGACGAUGCUGACCCCCAAACCACGUUGAGCGCGGUAUGGGCCGGAGAAGACCUUGGAGACCUGAAUUCCGCAGACUGCUUGCGCCACAUUGGUGAGGGCAUUGGUGAAGCCCCCGAGAUUCUUAUCCAGCGGCCGACAUCACCCUCGCCGAUACGUCUGCAGGAAGACGAUGUGUCUAUCCACCUGUCACCCUGGAAUCCCGGUCUUCCCGUCACGCCCGUGAGCCCGCCUGCCCAGGCAGUGCCAAUGAAACGGGGAAGGAGUAAUCCAUUGCCUGGGAAGAAACGAGCCAAGGUGUCUAACAUGCGCAAGAUCGGGGCAUGCACCCGCUGUCACAUCAGGAAACGAGAAAACAGGCAGCUGGUUGCGAUCCCAAUCCCAGUCGUCGUGACAUUCAACCAGGCGAGCGAUUCGCCGGGCUUCGCCUUGAUGCUUCAGCAGUAUGUCGUAAACGAAAGGCCUUUCAUGUCGGCUACAAGUUAUUUCCCUUCACCAGCACCCGCGGGAUUCGCCAGUGCUCCGGUGUCCCACUCAAGUGACCGGCUGGAAACACAGUCAUCACCAAACUCGGUACCAUGGCUCUGUCUUGCGCCCGGGCACGAGCCCUUGUCUGGCACUCUGCUUACGUGGGCAGAGAGGCAGUUAUCGAAAGAGUUGGACGUAAAGAAGGCGCCAGACUUCGAGGCCGCGAUACUUUCCUUCCUCCUGGCUUACAGGGACAGCCCCAUGGACCUAUCUGAUGUGUCUUAUAAUGUUGGGAAGAAGUCGUCCGCUUUCGUUGACGCGAAGAACUUGAUUCGCAAGACCUGCGAAAUGAGAUGCUGGUACAGAAUAUGGCAGACUUCGGCUCUGUUCUAUCAAGCAGAUGGAGGAGGGUCUGCUGCCGGUAGCCACAACAACAUCCACCAACCGAUGCCAGUGGCGGCGCUCUUUGAGCUAAAGAAAAUAGCCACCAAUGCUCUCAUCGCCUGCGAGAAGCAUAUCCUCUCGGAGCUUGAUGAGUGGCCGCCUGGCGUCGAUCGUCUCACCGAGCUGCCUCUCUGGGCUUGUCUGUGGCAGAUGAUUCUGAUCUACAAGCAAUUGGUCGCCGGAUACUCGAAUCUUGCCCGUAGUCACCCUGUGAACUCGAUCUACGGCGUAAAUCCUGGCUUCAAUGAGGUGUCUGCAUUGUCGGUCGUUCAACAUCUCUACCGGCUGUUGAUCGUCAAAUACAAUGCCUACUUCGGCUCGACCUCGCCUAUAUAUCCGAGAAAGGGCCAACCGUCGACGUCAGAGUUGCUAGCAGGCGACAAGCACUUGAAGCGAGAGUGGGACAAUGUGUUGAUGCGCCGGAAAGAGUUUUAUGUGACGAUUUCAGGCGGGGUGGCAUCUGAUGCAUCUCUGAGGACUCUUAUCGUCGAUGCUGAGAAUGUGCUCGAGCAUCGGUCUCGAAGGAGGGCGAGAUGA